AUGACCCAUUCACAUCCAGCUAUCGAAACCACAAAUUUGACGUACCGAUUCCCCCUGAACAAGAAAGUUGGGCUCGAAAACGUCAGUUUGAUCAUUCCAUGGGGCACCACCAAUUUGGUCAUCGGACCAAACGGAGCUGGAAAAUCCACACUUCUCCGUAUUCUCGCUGGUAAAACGUUGAUAAAGCAGGGAAAAUUGCGAAUUGGAGGGUUUGAUCCGUUUGAAUUCUCAAUGGCUCGUCAUGAGCAACACAACUCGGAUAUCAAUGACUAUAUCACCUACCUUGGGACCGAGUGGGCCACCAAUCCGGUGGUGAAACGAGACAUCCCUGUGAGACUUCUUAUUUCGUCAAUUGGCGGCGACAGACUCGCGGAACGAAGAGACGAACUUAUAGACAUUAUGGAUUUGGAUCCCGACUGGUCAAUGGCAUACAUCUCCGACGGAGAAAGGAGGCGUGUGCAAUUGGUGAUGGGUUUGCUCAAACCAUGGAGGCUCCUCUUAUUGGACGAAGUGACGGUAGAUCUCGAUGUGGUGGUUCGCCAGCGGUUGUUGGAGUUUUUAGGCCGGGAGACCAAAAAGAGAGACUGCUGUGUGAUCUAUGCCACUCAUAUCUUUGAUGGAAUGAGUCGAGGCUGGUGUGAUAGAGUGCUUCAUUUGAACGCAGGCACGAUUACCGACGACAUUUCGACUGCCAAUAUCAAUUUCACCACGGAUGGACCCGAAGUGAAAUAUGGCGAAAAUGUUGAAAUAAAACGGGCCGAAUCGUUGCACCCAUUAGCAUUAUAUUGGCUUCGCAACGACUUGGAUGAGAGAGGCACCCGAGAUGAGGAAAAGGAAAGGGCCGCCAGUAAAAAUGACUGGGAUAAUGCUCGCGAUGGCGAUUACUUUGACAAAAACGACAAGUUGCAGCAAUACUUUAAGACAUCAAGAAACUUCACGUGA